CUCCCCCACCCCAAUAGGAACUCUGUGCAACCUAGUGUUGGAAUCCGAGUUCCUCCCCUUUUCGUUCCGUUUAGGAGCAUAACGUUAUUGUGAGCAAUUCACACGCUGUACUCCCAAAUGGACCUACUCCAUUCAAAUACUUCGAUGAACUGAAACAUGCCUUUGGUGUUGACAGUGUUGCGAAUAUUGUUGCACGUUAAUCGUGUUAAAACGCCAAGUGCGAUUUGCAAUUUAAAAAAUAGAAUGAUUGUGUCUUGUUUUGGGGAUAAAUCAAGUCAUAACUUCCUCUGAUGUGAGUGUUGCUCCUCCCCGCUUCAGUGACUGGAUGGUUCACUCCGGUCUAUAUUUACAUCUCAGCCUGGGACUGUAUCAACUUAACAUCGAGUCAGUGUUGGAAACAUGAGCAGUGCAGGAGACCUGAAGGCAGCCAGUGAUCGGAACAGCGAGAGCAAGCCGGCCAGGACACCGUGAGCAAUGGACAAUGAUCGGGACUGGCGCUGAUUACCCGAUCGUCCCCAGAUUUUAACAACCCAAAUCUCCCAAUACCAGCGAUGUUACCUUGGAAGAAAAACAAAUUGGAUUUGGUCGAGAAGCGGCAGCCGAAACAGCUCGGUUACUCGGUGAGUUUGAACUACAGCAGCCUGACUUCCUUCACCCGUGCGUGUCCGGACCUGGUGACGGAGAGCGCUCUCAAUCGAGUCUGCAGCAUGUUUAAAUCCCGGAGGAGGAAGAUCACCAUCACUGGGGAAGAUCCCACCUAUACAGUCUUAUACCUCGGCAAUGCCACCACCAUCCAGUCCAAAGGGGAAGGCUGCGCCGAUGUGGCCGUGACCAAAAUCUGGUCCAAAAGUGAACAGGGUAAAAACAGCACCAAGAUGAAGCUGACCAUCAGCUCUCAAGGAAUCCGCAUGGUCCAUGUAGACAGCAAGGCGAAGAGACCGGGCCAUCUCUACCUUUUGCAUCGGAUCACCUACUGCGUGGCGGACCCCAGAUCGCCCAGAAUCUUCGCCUGGAUCUACCGGCACGAACUGAAGCAUAAGGCGGUCAUGUUGAGAUGCCAUGCCGUGCUGGUCUCCAAAGCCGAGAAGGCGAAGGCGAUGGCCCUGCUCCUGUACCAGACCUCCAGUAACGCCCUGGCCGAGUUUAAGAGACUCAAGAGGAGGGACGAUGCCAGGCACCAGCAGCAGAAACUGAUCGGCGAGCAGACCAUCCCCCUGGUGCCCCUCAGGAAGCUGAUGAACGGCCAGUGCAGCUACAAGCCCCCGGUGGAAAGGAGCCGGAGUGCCCCGAAGCUGGGCUCCAUCACUGAGGACCUGGUGGGAGAGCAGCUGGAAGAGAAAGCUGAACUGGAGCUGAGUCUGGAGUACGAGGACAUUCUGGACACUGCGGAAGCGUCGGAAAGAAACGAGCAACAGGACCUUUGUGAAAUGAUCAGUGAUCUGGGGCAGCUGACUAUAGGGAAUGACGUCCAGUUACUGAGAGCUGACCUGAGAGUGACCAGGUUACUGUCUGGGGAAAGUACUAGCAGCGAGUCAUCCCUGGGAAGUGGGGCGAGUGAUCAAGAGCCAGUGAUGGCAACGGAUGGCAGUGAAGACGGCGACCUGCAAGAAUUGGGAUAAUUGUGCAAUUGCUUCAAGUUUUCUUUGCGGUCGGCCUCCCAUCACAAGUCGAACUGUCGGUGUAACUCUCCCGUCACACUCCCCAUUUCACCAUUACUCUAACAAUAAGAUGCUAAACGAGAAAAAACACACAACUGUGUGCAGUGAGGAGAAAGGACGUGAACAGAACAGACCUUUUUUUUAAAAAAAAAGAGCACUACCCGGCUUACGAUUUGCGUCGACUUUAAUCGUUCCCUUAAUCAGUAAGUGGAGGGUUUAACAUUUAGAAAUGGAAGUUGCGAUUUGUACGGGCCGGUUUUGUACCUGUUUACAAGAAACUUCCCGUGGAAGUGGCGACAGCGGCGCUGUCUUUUAAGGACACGCUUGAAACUGACCAGGAGCUGCUGCAGCUCUCUGCGCCCCAUUCACUGCAGCGCUCACACAGUGGCUGCUCUUGGUCACUUCAGCAUUAACCUCCCUCUCCUCACCCAUCUCCCUCCAAGCCACAACUGCAGCUUGUAAAGGGACGGGGCAACAGCGCAGUGUGAUGCCUGGGCAGUAUUUCAAUAACAUGACUGGCCGAUAAAAUAGAAACAAAUGGGUCAUCGUUAUCAAAAGUUCUGCCAUACUUGGAUAGAGUAGUUGGCUGGUCUUAGCCGUGCGAAGUGAAACAACAUAUUUUGGCAAAUCAACACUUUCCAAUUGUAACCACUUCCGACACUGAAAUCAUGUGGUCAGAUCUGACGGAUCAUACCUCAUUUUGAGAACUUUAUUUCUCGCACCUUUUGGUUUCAGAACCUGGAACUUAUUGACUUGCUCCUCAGAUCUAAUUUGAUCUGACUUUGUCUAGGGGUGACUGAAAUGUAUUCAGCACUAUUUUGACUCAGGUCGUGUCCUGGUGUCCCGAGCAUCUAUCUUAAGCUUGAGUUAGGAGCCUACCUCCUAUUUAAUGUUUCUGUCAAAAAUCAGGCAGCACUGCAGAAUUUCUGACUGGUUUUAGCAGAACUAUUUGCUAUCAAAGCAGUGUUUUUGGGGGAGCAUCUGGAGGUUACCAAUACUAAGACAAACAAAUUUGUUUUUACUUAAUGUGGAGCCAGGAGAAGCAGGAAUGUAACUCCUCAUUCAAAACUGUUGAAGGCUGCUGCCACAUUCCUUUACCUGAUCCUUUUCACCUCCAUCCUUAGAUCUAUUGGAAAUGCUGUUCCUGACCUCAGAGCUGACCAGUCUUGCUCUGGGUUGGGCUGGACUGGUGAACUUUAUUGGAAUGCCCAGUUGUCACUUGGAGAUCACCGAUUUUGUGGCAGUGAAACCAAGGACCAAUUCCCACUAAAUCACGUGCUGUCUUCUUAGGGCUUUCAUGUUACAGUCAAACUAUGUGUCCUGUGUUUGUAUUCAGGCAUGAACAAUUUCUUCCCCAAAGAACAUAUUUCAGCUAUGAUCGUAGCUAUUAUCUAAUGUUCUGCUAUUUCAUUAUUUUCACUUGCAACAGUGUCAAUUGUUCAGGAAAAUCUGAAUGACAAUUUAAUUUAUUUUCUGUCUGUCCUGUCUUCAAUGUUUGUUUCAUUUCCGCAGUCAGUUCUUCAUUUUUAGUUUUAAUGCCUUCAUGACGGCUUGAUCUUUUGAAAUAUUAAUGGUUACUUUCCCUCUCAUGUCUUUGCCUUUCAUCUGAUUUCCCUUAAGUGCUGAUGGAAGAAGUUGUUGAUUUGAGUUUUCAAAAUCUCAAGCUUCCCUCAGAUACACACCAAAGUUAUACAUAAAAAAUCAUGUUCCCUGAUUUUUCUAUUUGGAAACAUUAUGAUUUGAGACUCCUGGCAAGUCCCAGUAAAGGCUAUUGAUUCAGAAUGAGACCUUUGAAAUCUGUUGAAAGAUAUUUUGUGUUAAAUACACCUUUUGUAGACUGAACAACAUGUUUACAUACAUGAACACUUCUUAUCCAAUCCAACCACUUUGAUUUCAGAAAUCUAGAAUAAAUGUUAAAAUCAGAAGGGAAACCAAAUAAUGCCUUUUGAAAGAGGACACAUCUAGUAUCUUAUGCAUACUUUGUGAAUGAACAGUCAUAAGUUUAAAAUAAUGAGACAUUCUAUAUUAUAGUAUCAAUUUAACAUAAAGGUCAGCACUGUGAAAGUAAUUACUGCACUAUUAGGAACUUCUGCCACUUAGAUUAGCGGCUCCACAAAUUAUAUUGAUUCUCAAAGAUAUCUAAUUAACACCCAACAUUUUUGCCACAGAGGUACAGUAAUCUGGUAAAAUGAAGUUAGGAGUCACAGUCAAUGCUGAAGAAAAAGAUGUAAUGUCUUCUUAACAGACCAUAGAGUUAAUGUUGACUUUGGGUGAUAGUGUAAAAUGGCUGACAAUGAAUUAUCAUUACGCUGACUGUAACGUCAAUAGAAAUAAAAGAUCAUGACAGCUGAAAAUUUGGCUGCCAAUUUGCUGUCACCCAUUUUUUAUUAUUGCAACUUAAUCAGAGUGUGUUACGAUAAAGAGAAACAAUCUGUAUUACAUUGAAGUUGCUAUUGGAUUUGACUAAAUAUUUUCCCAUCAAUGUAUAGAAUGGAUUUCUUGCAUUUGUAAUUUCUCAUUGUGGAAUGAACACAAUUUUUCACAUUCAGUUAAAUAACAUGGUUAUUUGUCUUAAGUUUUUGUUUACAACCUCUUGAUUGAGUCUCAGAAUUUAUUCUUGCCUAUUACACUCUGUGGAUUGUAUAUUGCACUGUUGUGACUUCUUAACCAGUGUUUAAUUGUCUGUAAAUAGUUUGUCAUCAGAUAUAAUAUCAUUUCUUUGCUGUGCAAAUGAAAGAUGCAGCAAGCAUUGGGUGUCCUAACUGUACUGUACAUACUGAAUGUAAAUCUGUACAAGCAAGAUAGAUGUUAUUUUUUGAAUAUUUGAUGAAAAAGUGUCCAUAAUUUUUUGUUGACAAAAACUCUAACAAUAAAGUCAGUGUAAACAAUGGGAUGUACUAGAAUUUUAAGGUAUACUUCUAGUGUGCGUAACUGUAUCAAGAUGUACAAAUAAUGAUAGCAUUAUGCUAUUGUAAAGUAGGAAAAAGAUUUGCAAACUAAAUUUCGUUAACUUAGACAUGUACCUUCUGGACUGACCUGAUUUCUUAUGGACUUAUUAUAAUCUUGUCCUUCUCGGCUAAGA